AACGAACUGACCCUUUUCAUUUUCUUAUCGUAUCUUAUUGCAUAAAACGGUGGGUUUAUAAACAGCUGAUUGGACAACACUGAACUUUUCAAACCUCAUCAAAUUCCCAUUGGUUCAACACACGUGUUUACUUCUUUAAGUUAACCUUUUAAGAUUAUUGCACAAAAUCUUUAAACACUUCAUUUAAAACCAGUUAAAAACAACAUUCCGCUCAAUAAUAACGUUUAAUCGAUUUCGUUCGCUUCAAAUAAAGUUUAUUAAGAGAUGAGUUCAAACGUUUUAAUUAUCGGAUCUGGAGGAAGAGAGCACGCAAUUACCUGGAAAUUAUCUCAAAGUAAUCACUUAAAAAACAUUUUUGUUGCCCCCGGAAGUUUCGCAAUUGGAAAUGAACCCAAAGUUAAAAUUAUUAACAUUGAUAUCAAGAAUUUUGAGUUAAUUUCAAAUUGGUGUGUUACAAACGAUAUAAAUCUCGUGAUAAUCGGCCCGGAAGAUCCUCUCGCAAAUGGAAUAGCCGAUACCCUAACGUUAAAAGGAAUUAAAGUUUUUGGUCCAAAAAAAGAUGGUGCUCGAAUCGAAUCAGAUAAAAAUUGGGCGAAAUCCUUUUUUGAUCGUUACAAUAUUCCAACGGCUCGUUGGAAAUCGUUCGAAAACGCGGAUGAAGCUAAAAAUUAUAUUAAUACGAGUAGUUUUCCGGCUUUGGUUGUUAAAGCUUCAGGAUUAGCCGCCGGAAAAGGUGUGAUAGUUGCUUCCGAUAAAAAAGAAGCUUGCGAAGCUGUUGAUGAAAUUUUAACGUCUCAAAAAUUUGGAAAAGCCGGUCAAACUAUCGUCGUUGAAGAAUUACUCGAAGGUGAAGAAAUUUCCGUUUUAGCUUUUUCCGAUGGGAAAUGUGUCAAAGCGAUGCUCCCCGCUCAAGAUCAUAAACGAAUUUUCGACGGGGAUAAAGGCCCAAACACUGGGGGAAUGGGUGCUUAUUGCCCUUGCCCUUUAUUAAGCGAUGAUGAUUUAAAAAUAGUCGAAGAAAUAGUUUUGAAACGAACAUUAAUGGGAUUUAAGCAAGAAAAAAUCGAUUAUAAAGGUGUUUUAUACGCCGGAUUAAUGUUAACUAGGGAUGGGCCAAAAGUCCUCGAAUAUAACUGUCGAUUUGGCGACCCCGAAACAGAAGUAAUCUUACCAUUAUUAGAUACUGAUUUAUUCGAAAUCAUGAUGAGUUGUUGCAACGAAAGUUUAAGUACCCAAAAAAUUAAUUGGAAACAAAAUUUAACUGCAGUCGGUGUUGUAAUGGCUUCAAGAGGUUAUCCCGAAACUUCAAGUAAAGGUCAAAUAAUAAAAAAUGUUGAUAAAGUCACAUCGAAACCAGAAAAUGUUGUUUUUCAUUGCGGCACCACUUUAAACAAUGGAAAUUUAGUUACUAACGGAGGAAGAGUUUUAAUUUGCGUCACAUUAACCCCAAGCCUACAAUUAUCAUCGAUUAAAGCUUUAAAAUGUUGUAAAAUGAUUCAAUUCGAUGGUGCGCAAUAUAGAAGUGAUAUCGCUCAUAAAGGAAUUGCUAGAUCAAUUCUUGAGCGUGGUAAAAUGACUUAUAAAGAAAGCGGGGUUGAUAUCACGGCUGGAAAUGAUUUAAUUACCCAUAUAAAACCAAGUGCAAAAUCCACCGAUCGUGUUGGAGUUAUGGGGGGAUUAGGGGGAUUCGGCGGAUUGUUCGAUUUGAAAGCUUCGGGUUAUAACGAUCCCAUUUUAGUUUCUGGAACCGAUGGAGUCGGAACAAAAUUAAAAAUUGCACAAGAAAUCGGCAUCCAUAACACAAUCGGAAUUGAUUUAGUUGCAAUGUGUGUUAACGAUAUUCUCGCAAACGGAGCUGAACCAUUAUUUUUCUUGGAUUAUUUCGCCUGCGGCGUUUUAGACGUUAAAGUGGCUAAAGAAGUUAUUUCUGGGAUCGCCGAUGGGUGUAAAUUAGCUGGAUGCUCGCUUUUAGGAGGUGAAACUGCCGAAAUGCCCGAUAUGUACCCACCGGGUGAAUAUGAUUUAGCAGGAUUCGCUGUUGGGGCCGUUGAAAAGACAAAUUUUUUGCCGAAAAUGAACGAAAUCCAACCGGGUGAUUUAGUUAUCGGAUUACCAUCAAGUGGAGUACACAGUAACGGUUUUAGCCUUGUUAGGAAAGUGAUGAAAAUAGCCAACGUUAAUUACAAAGAUAUCGCCCCAUUCAGUUCAAACAAAAAAAGUUUCGGUGAAGAGCUUUUAACCCCCACAAAAAUCUAUGUAAAAGGAUUAAUAAAAGCGGCAUCUUCCGGAAAAUUAAAGGCAUUCGCUCACAUAACAGGGGGUGGGCUCUUAGAAAACAUUCCAAGGGUGCUCCCAAAACAACUGGGUGUUACGUUAGAUGCUAAAAAUUGGAAAAUUCCCGAAGUUUUUACUUGGUUAGCAACAUUAGGAGGAAUAAACGAAUUCGAAUUGUUAAGAACUUUUAAUUGCGGAAUUGGUGGAGUUGUAAUAAUCGAUAAAACACACAAAAACGAAAUUUUAAACCUCUUAUCGGAAUACGAUCCUACGAUAAUCGGUCAAAUUCGAAAUAAAGAGAACAAACCACAAGUUUUCGUCGAAAAUUUUACUCAAACGAUGGAAAUAAACAUGAGAAAAUACAUUCCACAAACAAUAAAUCAAAUUGGGACUAAAAAGAAAGUUGGUGUUUUAAUAUCGGGAAGUGGGACCAAUUUGCAAGCUUUAAUUGACGCGACUUUCGAUGAUUCAAUGCACGUGGGGGCUGAAAUCGUUUUAGUUAUAUCAAAUAAACCGGAUGUUGAGGGAUUAAAACGCGCUGAGAGAGCUAAUAUUCCAAUAAAAGUCCUAAAACAUGUUGAUUACCCAACUAGGGAAUUAUUCGAUGAAGCAAUGCACAAAGAACUCGUUAAAAACGAUGUUGAAAUUGUCUGUUUAGCUGGAUUUAUGCGAAUUUUAAGCGGAUGGUUCACAAAGCAGUGGCGGGGAAAACUGAUUAAUGUUCACCCCGCUUUAUUACCAUCAUUUAAAGGGAUUCAUGCCCAAAGACAAGCUUUAGAAGCGGGAGUUUGCGUCACGGGAUGCUCAGUUCAUUUCGUUGAUGAAAAUGUUGAUACGGGUGCAAUAAUAACUCAAGAAGCCGUUCCGAUACAAAUAAAUGAUACUGAAGAAAUAUUAACGGAAAGAAUUAAAAAAGCUGAACAUAAAGCUUUUCCGAGAGCACUAAAACUUUUAGCUGCAGAAAAAGUGAGGUUAGGUAACGAUAAUAAAGUAAUUUGGAUUUAAUUUUUAUAUUAAAAUAAAGUUAGAAAUAAAAAUUUAUUAUUUUUAUUAUUAUAUAAUUACUUUUACUGUUGAAUAAGAGAUAUCACUCAAAAUG